CUCUUAACUCUGUCCGAGUCGGUCAAACCUUAUUUUUCCCAAAAUGUUGAAGUUCAAUCGAAGCUCAAUCCACCUACAUAAUCCUAUUCCAAUUGAACCAAGAUUACCAAUCUAAAAAACUCCAAUCAGAUCCCGGAGGAGGAGAAGGUAAAAGUUGGGCAGAGCUGCAAAGGGAUGUUCUUGGUGUGAUUUUGAAUGAGUUAAUACUCCCUGAUUUCAUCCGAUUUUGCGUUGUUUGCAAGUCAUGGCUUUCUGUUGCACUUGAUCACAAACAUAAGCGGAUGGAAACCAUCAACCAGCAGGUCCCAAUGUUAAAUGAUACCUCAAGAAGGAAGGGAAGAACACUGGAAUUUGUAUAGUUUGUGUGAGAAUAAGGUUUACGGUUAUCAGUUUCUGGUUCCUCACCGGGUAAGAUGAUGCUGCUGUUCCUCAUAUGGCUGGUGGGCAAUGGCUGAAAAGGAUUUAUCCGUUAAGCUUGUGAAUCCCUUUUCUGGGGAGAUCAUACAUCUUCCUCCAAUAAUGGUAGCCAUUCCUGGAUUUCAUACUGUACCUGAGUGCUACAUCCACCGGGUUAUUUUGUCUUGUGAUCCUUGUUUGUACCCAUACAGUUAUGUGGUUGCUGCCAUGUAUAAUUCUGCUCCCGUUGUGGCAUUCAUAAAGUCAGGUGAACAGUCAUGGACUUAUGUGUACAACAAGUUUAGGCCUGUCAAUUAUAUUCUUUUUCAUAAAGAACAAUUAUAUGCAGUGAAUUCUAGGAAUCAGGUAUUAGUUAUUGAUUAUGAAGGUAAUGAUUCAUCAGAUGAUACUGAAGAUGAGGAUGAGGAUGAGGUGGAAUACUAUGAAGGUCCUUGUGUGGAAUAUUUGAUAUCACAGCCUACUGAAUACUCUCAUGUGUCUUAUCUGGUUGAAUCUUUGGACGGAGGUCUGUUAUUGGUCCGAAGACGGUACCUUGAGAUAAUUGAUGAUAUCAACUAUAAGGUGACGGUGGGUUUCAAGGUUUAUAGAAUGACAAGGAAGCAUUCAAGUGAUGAGGAGGAGGAACCGGAAUGGGUUGAAAUCAAGAGUUUGCCUAAUAUUGCAUUAUUUGUGGGGGACAACCAUUCUAUUUGCAUCCCAGCAUUUGGUUUCCGCAACUGCCAGUCAAAUUGUAUAUACUUCACAGAUGACUGCACAGAGAGGGAUCCUGAUGCUCCUUAUGAAGCUACUGACAUGGGAAUCUUUCAUUUAGAGAGUGGACAAAUAGGGAAACAUUAUGAGCUUCCUCAAUCACUGUCAUACUUGCCACCAGCAGAAUGGAUACUGCCAAAGUUGCAGUAAACUAAAGUUUCAGCAGCUGGUUUGCUCACUUUGUACUUUGAUUUAGUUAUUUUAGUAUGAAUUAAUUGUUUAUUUUAAUUA